AUGAAUGGGUACCGCCUUUCUCUUGCUCUGCUGGUUCUGGCAAUUGCUCAAUCAGCAAGUGUUAAUGGUGGUAAACAUAUGAAGAGUGACCUUCUAUGCAGCCAAUGUUCGGUAUGUGAUUCGGAUAAAUGUCCUCCGAGUGAAGCUUACCCCCACAUGACAGCAUUCGACGACACUCUCAUUGCUGGUGCCUUACAAUCUGACUAUGUGAGCUCGAAAGACAAAGGUGUGUACUCGGUGCCAAAUAUUAAAGGGGGCGAGUCUGAAAAAUAUAAUGAAUAUUACGGCUGGGAAUCUACCUCUGGAUCAGCUGACAGUUUCCAUAGAUUCAGGAACUACAUGAGCAAAUGCUCAAGUGAGAGCUACCUUACAGUGGACAAACACGGGACAGUAAGCCUACGCGCAUUAGAAUCGCUGGAAAGCUUAGGAGAAGCCGACUGGAAAUCAAUCAAUCCACCCAAGAUGCUGAACCAUCGCGAAUUCAGAUUUUGGAUGUCUCGCAGUACAGGAAAAUGCCUUACUGUUUUCGGAGGAAAGACGGAGAAACGUGUGGGCGUUUCUGACUGCAAGUUUGAUGGAUCAAAUCCAUACCAGCUAUUUGCCUUUCGGUUUCAUUUCCACAAAGCCUUCUGUUGUUGCGGCCAAUACAACGAAUAA